AUGGCCCAGCACGGCUUCACCCAGUUUGGGUCUGGCCCCAAUAAUAGCCAUAUCGAUCCCAACGAGUUGGCCAUGUCGGGAACAUACUCCCCGUCUUUCGCCAACAAUAACUACAAUACAAACUCCAACACAAAUGGCUUCUCGAGCGGCUCUGCCGUAUUCGGCGAUGAUGAGCUGCUUGAUGGCCUCGCCUCAGACGGACAAUCUGGCCUUCACGGCCAAGGCCAAGACUUUCAUGGCUUGAGCAUGACUUACCAGAACAACUUCCAGUCACACCGCGGUUCUGGUUUACAAAUCGACGCCGCUCAAAUGAACGGCUACUCAAACACUCCAGAUGGGGACCCCAUCCAGAGCCCGUAUGCAUACGGCAACACACACUACCGCACUCUCGGCAAUCUGCAGUCACCAUUGUCCUACUCGCAGUCUCCUCUGGCUGCCGCUGACAUGGCAGACGGAACUGAUCCCAGCUACCUCAACGCCAAAGCGAGGGCCGCCCGCAUGUCGGUUCAGAUGCAGAGGAAAGCCUCCAACACUAGAACACCAAUGACUCCCAAGACCAAUAGCAUGCACGGCAUUCCCAUCGGAAGUGCACAUGAUUCUCCCGGCUUUGGCCCUCAGUCUCUUAGAGCAGACAAGUCGCCGUCGGGCCAAUGGCUCCAGACUCCUAGCGGAAGCAUUCCAGCCUCUUUCAAUUCUGGAUUUUCGUCUCCUAUGCAGCCAAACAUGGUGCAGAUUAACGAGGUGAUGAUGAAAGGCGGCACUUCUAUGCCAGCCAAGCUUGGAGUGGGACCUGGUGGCGCCAUGUCUACCCAGGAAAUGAAGAGGAAGCGUCGUCGUGAAUCCCACAACCUCGUUGAGCGUCGUCGCCGCGACAACAUCAACGAGCGCAUCCAAGAUCUCAGCAAGCUCGUCCCUGGACACAGACUGGAAGACGAAAAAGUUCGCAAACUGAUUUCCAACGGCACACCUCUCUCACCUACCCUCACCGGUGUAAACGCUACCUCUGGGCUAGCCGGACCAGGCGCUCGCAGAGCUACUGGCUCUGGCGCUGGCAAUAUCACAACUGGCCUUCCCAUCGAGGAUAAAGACAAGGGCCCUAACAAGGGCGACAUUCUCAAUGGUGCUGUCAGCUGGACUCGAGAUCUGAUGUGGAUGCUGCAUCUCAAGCUGCAGCAACAGGAAGAGCUGAUUCACACCAUCGCCGACUUGGGAGGUCAACUGCCUUUUGAACAAAGCGACGAUGAACGCCGCAUGCAGUCCGAGCUCAUGGAUGCCAUAUCCAAGAACAACCCGUCAACCUUUGAAUACUCCCGUACGUCUGGCAGUGGCCUCAGGGUGCCUCACCACACUGAUUACCACGGUGAGCCUACUACCCACGACAUGGGCGCCAAUCUUGACUCAGUAGGCAUCACCCCUGAGGGUAGUGGCAGUGGUGGCAUGCCCGGCGAUAUUGGAGACGGUGUACACUUCUGGGCGGACGAUGACCCCAAUGGGCCUAUCAACUUCAAGGAAGAAGACGAGUAUGAUAUGGAUCUCACUCAAUAG